AUGCUGCUCAGCACCCGCCUCGCCUCUCCCCUCCGGCCCACCCUGGCAGCCCCGGGCCGGGCAGCCCCCGGGCAGCACCGGGGGCUCAGCACUCCCUCCGGAUCUGAGCACACGCUCAACCUCGGGGGCAUCUUCCCACCCCUCGCCACCCCCUUCUCACCCAUGCAGGAGGUGGACUAUGCCCAGCUGGAGGGGAACCUGCGCCGCUAUGCCAGCAUCCCCUUCCGAGGGCUGGUGGUGCUGGGCUCCAACGGGGAGUACCCCUACCUGGCACCUCGCGAGCGGCUGGAGGUGGUGAGCUGUGUGCGCCGGGGUCUGCCCAGGGACCGCCUGCUGCUGGCCGGCUCGGGCUGCGAAUCCACCCAGGCCACCAUCGAGCUGACAGUCAGCAUGGCGCUGGUCGUGACACCCUGCUACUACCGGGGGGCCAUGACCAGCGCUGCCCUGAUCCGGCACUACACGGAGGUUGCCGACGCAUCCCCCAUCCCUGUGGUGCUCUACAGCGUCCCCGCCAACACUGGCCUGGACCUGGCUGUGGAGGCUGUCCUCACUCUGGCUCAGCACCCCAACAUUGUUGGAAUCAAGGACAGCGGUGGAGAUAUCACUCGCAUGGGGCUGAUGGUCCACAAGACGCGGCAGGAGGAUUUCCAGGUGCUGGCGGGAUCGGCUGGCUUCUUGCUGGCAAGCUACGCCCUGGGUGCCUCCGGGGGCGUCUGCGCCCUCGCCAACGUCCUGGGGGCCCCCCUGUGCCAGCUGGACCGCCUGUGCCGUGAGGGCCGCUGGCAGGAGGCUCGCGACCUGCAGCACCGGCUCAUCGAGCCCAACAUGGCGGUCACCCGCCGGUUUGGGAUCCCGGGGCUGAAGAAGGCCAUGGAGUGGUUUGGCUACUAUGGGGGUCCCUGCCGUGCACCCUUGGCCCCGCUGAGCCCCUCCCAGGUUGAAGAGCUAAGGGGUUCCUUCAGCGCCAACGGCUGGUUGUGA